AUUUGAGAAUCAGAGAAAAAAACACACUACUCCGGCUCUUCUUUCUCCCACUUUUUACUCUUCUCAAUAUUCUGACUUUCAUUUCAUUUCUUGCUCAUUAACUUAUCUUUUUCUGCAUUUUGUGAAUUUGUAUUUCUUUAUUUGAAUUUGCAUUUUGUCAGCACACCUCCUUCCCCUUUUUAAAUGCUUUAAUCCCCACGCCCCAUGUGCAUUUUCUUUGUUUGUUUCUGAGAGAAACUGAAUAGGAAGAAGAGUAAAAAAGGUUAAAAGAUUGAAGACUCUGUACAACCAAAACCCCCUUUAUCCCCACUAGCUUAGGCAGUGUGUUCUUUAUAAUUUCUUUAUUUCCUUUUGUAGCAGAUAUUGCAUUUCCAAACUACACUCAAGAAAUGACUAAAGAUGAAGACUUUAAGCUUCUCAAGAUCCAGAACUGUGUUCUGAGAGUGAACAUUCACUGUGAUGGGUGUAAGCACAAAGUGAAGAAACUCUUACAAAGAAUUGAAGGAGUUUACCAAGUCAACAUAGAUGCAGAGCUACAAAAGGUUACUGUUUCAGGGAGUGUUGCUCCUGCAACUCUAAUUAAGAAGCUGGUUAAAGCUGGUAAAUAUGCUGAACUUUGGUCUCAAAAACCUAACCAAAACCAGAAACAGAAAGUUAACUGCAUCAAAGAGGAUAAAGACAAAAAAGGGCAAAAGCAAGAUAUGAUGAAGGCUCUUGAAUCUCUCAAGAACCAGCAGAAAUUUCCCUUUUUAUCUGAAGAAGAUGAAGAGUGUCUUGAUGAUGAGGAGGAAGAAUAUGAUGAAGAGGAGGAAAUGCAGCAGCUUAUAAGGGAUAAAUUAAACCUACUGACUAUGCUCAAGCAACAGGGUGAAGUUAAUGCAAAGAAAGGUGCUGUGGCUGCCAUGGCUGGAGCUUCAAACAAUGGGAAGAUUAACAAUGCUGCAAAUGGGAAUGGUGGAAAAAAAGGAAAUCCUAAUCCCAAUGUUCAAAUGAAGGCAAAUCAACUUGCAGCCCUUAAAAAUGCACAGAUGGGAGGUACUGGUGGUGCAAAUGCCAUUCCUGCUGAAGUCAAAAGGGGAAAUGAUUUGAACGGUAUGAUGAAUCUUGCUGGUUUUCAUGGAAAUGGGGCUACUAAUGUUGCUGCAUCUGUUCUUGGACCCCCCAAUUCCAAUGUUGUUGGAGGAGGAGCAUUUCAAGUUCAACCCAACAAUUUUUACCAAGGUUCUGCUGGCUUGCCCAUAAAUGGCUUAGCAACAGGACAUAAACCUUCAUCAACGAUGAUGAGCAUGAAUGGCUAUCAACAAUUCAACAAUCCAUCAUCACUGAUGAACCUGCAAAAUAGGCAUGCCUUGCAACAGCCUCAGAUGAUGUACAACAGGUCUCCUUUCAUUCCUCCAAGCACUGGUUAUUACUACAAUUAUGAGCCAGUUGCAUAUACUUACAGUGAUACUGGCUUCAAUGGUGAUCAUUCUGCUACUCAUAUGUUCAGUGAAGAGAACGCAAAUAGUUGUUCAAUUAUGUAAAUGGGAAAUUCUGAAAUCCUCGUGUUGAACUAGUAUUUUUGACUUUAUUCAGUUGUGGGGUUGUUUUUUUUUUAGUUGCCAGGUUGGUUGUUAAGGUGUUGUUUUCCCUUUUCAACUAUUCCUCCAGUUAUGGGCUUUUGUUAAUUAAUUGUUCCCUAUGUUUCUGAACUGAUUUUAAUAUAUUAAUCUAUUCAGUUCAACUUUGUCUUG